CUCUACUCUUUCAAAACACAUCUCAAAACCCUAGUAUCCUCUUCUCCACAGUGACGCUCCAUCGAUUCUCCACAGCCGUCUCCUCCGAUUCUCCACAACCGACACCUACAUCUUCUUCAACGACAGAGACAUGCAUCUUCUUCCCCACAGAACGAGAUCAGCAAUUCCAACACCUCCAUCGAUUCUCCAUAGCUGGUCGAAAGUGUUAAUAAGCAUGGUACACUACUGGAUGUUGUGUAAGUUCUUGCGGAUUUGGACCUCGUUAUCAAAAAAGCGUAUAUUUCAUCGGAUGGAGGAUGGUUCAUGGAUGUGUUUAAUGUUAUAUGUCAUGAUGGAAGCAAAAUUAGAGAUGAAAGGGUGGUCAGUUAUAAAAAAAUAUAAUAAACUGAAUAUUUGUAUUAUGUUUGAUCGAGGUUAUGUUAUGCUCUCGUCUCAUAUCGUCUAGGUGGCAAGAUGGGUUAACGGUCAAGUGAAACAUGUCAUAAGAAGACUUGAAAAACUGAUGAAAACUGGUGGUCUGGUGGUAGGGUAAGCGGUCAAAAAUCAAAAUGGGUUGAAUUAAGUGCAGAUGAAAAUAGGUCGGAACGGGUUGGACUAGUAAAUUCAUAUGUCGACUAGUAUGUGGUUAAAACUUGAUGUUUGUUUGAAGCUUGUAUGUGGUUAAAACUUGAUGUAAAUUCAUAUGUCGACUAGUCUUUGUUUGAAACUUGUAUGUGGUUAAAACUUGAGGUAAAUUCAUAUGCAAAGCAUGGAU